AGAGAGAGAGAGAGAGAGAGAGAGCAGGGAAGCAUGGAUAUGGUGGGUGGUUGUAUGUGGUGGGGUGUUUUACCUUUUGCAGCCAUGGUAAUGGUGGAGUUCGCAGAUGUGGGCAUAUCAACUAUAAGCAAAGCAGCAAUGUCCAGAGGAAUGAGCACUUAUGUUUUUGUUGUGUACUCUAAUGCCCUUGCCACCCUCCUCCUCCUUCCUUGUUUCAUUUUCCAAAAGAAGCCGGUUUCUCUUACUCUGUCACUCCUUUCUGGGUUCUUCCUCCUUGGCCUAAUUGGGAGUUCGAGUCUGAUAUUGGCAUAUAAUGGCAUCAACUACAGCUCCCCAACAGUUGCAUCAGCAAUGGGAAAUCUUAUACCGAUUUACACAUUUGUGCUGGCAAUCAUUUUCAGGAUGGAAAAACUAGACUUAAGGAGAUCAAGCAGUCAAGCAAAAUUGUUGGGAACUAUAGUAUCAGUAUCUGGGGCAUUUGUAGUAAUUCUUUACAAGGGCUCAGCAAUCUUAUUGUUCAAGGCUUUAUCACCAUCCAACUUCCCUCCCCACCAGAACUUGAUCAUCACACAACACUCAAAGUGGAUCUUUGGAGGUCUUUUCCUUGCAUUGUCUUGCCUUUUGGCUGCAAUAUGGAACAUUGUUCAGGCAUCCAUUGUUAACAACUGUCCAUCAAAGGUGACCAUAGUAUUCUUCUAUACCUUCUUUGUGACAAUCCAAUGCACAAUAUUUUCACUGAUUGUGGAAAGAAAUCCAAAUUCCUGGACAUUAAGGCCCAACAUCGAGAUGAUCGCCAUUGUCUGCUCGGCUGUAUUUGGGAGUGUCUUUCGGAUUGGUGUUCAUACUUGGUGCUUGCACCAAAAAGGGCCUAUCUUUGUAGCCAUGUUCAGGCCCUUGGGAGUUGCCAUUGCAGCCGUCAUGGUGGUCAUCUUCCUAGGCGAAGCACUUCACCUUGGCAGUGUGAUUGGAUCUGUCAUUGUUGCAAUUGGAUUCUAUGCUAUGAUGUGGGGACAAAUCAAAGAAAAGAGCAUUGUGAUGGAGAAUGAAGUCCACAGCUUGGCAUCAUCCACCCAACAGACCCCUCUUUUGCAAUGCAGAACCUCAGAAAAUAUAGAGAUGGUAUUGGAAUUUCGUGCAUGUUUAAGCGCCGUACCGUUUGCUGCCAUGGUAAUGGUUGAGUGCGCAGAAGUUGGAGUAUCAACCAUAAGCAAAGUGGCCAUGUCAAGAGGGAUGAGCCACUUUGUCUUCAUUGUCUACUACAAUGCCCUUGGUACUCUCAUGCUUCUCCCCUAUUUCAUCUUCCAAAGAAACAAAAGAGCUCCUUUGAGUUUCAAACUCAUUUGCAGAUUCUUCCUCCUUGGCCUAAUAGGUAGUUCAGGCAAAAUUUUGUUUUUUGCUGGUGUCAAAAGCAGCUCACCUACUCUUGCAGCAGCAAUGGCAAAUCUUACCCCCAUAUUCACUUUCUUGCUUGCCAUAAUUUUCAGGAUGGAAAAGCUAGAUUUGAGAAAACCAACCAGUCAUGCCAAAUCCUUGGGCACCAUUGUAUCAGUGUUAGGGGCAUUGAUAGUGACCCUCUACAAGGGCCCUGCUCUUUUGAAGCCUUCUUCCUCACCUUCUUGCUUGACUCAUCAUCAGCCUCGCCUCUCACAGCAACAUCAUCAGCCUCUCCUCUCACAACGAUCAAACUGGAUCUUUGGAGGACUUCUACUUGCAAUUCAAUGCCUCGUAUCUUCAACAUGGAACAUCGCGCAGGCAGCCGCUGUUAAGGAUUACCCUGAGGAAAUGACCAUAGUCUUCUUCUACACCCUCUUUUUGACAUGUCAAUGCUCAGUUAUCUCCUUAAUUGUGGAAAGGAACCCAGAUGCAUGGAAAUUGAAGCCUGGCAUUGAGAUGAUUGCUAUUGUGUACGCGGCAUUCUUUGUGAGUGUCUUCCGCAUCGGUGUUCAUGUCUGGUGCUUGCACAAGAAGGGUCCUGUUUAUGUAGCCAUGUUUAAGCCCUUAGGAAUCGCUAUUGCAGUGGCCAUGGUGGUUCUUUUCCUUGGCGAUGCUCUUUAUCUUGGCAGUGUGAUUGGAUCUUUUGUGAUUGCGCUUGGAUUUUAUACCGUGAUAUGUGCACAAAUCAAAGAAAAGAGGAUGGCUCUUGACAAUGGAGCUCAAAUAUUGGAACCAUCCACCCAGACCACUCCUCUGUUGCAAAGUAGCAGUAUCAAUCAAGUAUGUAGAGGCUAAUGUCUGGAAACUGGAGCAGCAAAAGUGAAAGUUAUAAGAAUGUGCAUGUAAAUUGCCUAUAUUAAUUAUAUGUAAUGACAAGAUUUUGUUAGCAUCAAGCACGGACUUAGGAUUCAAAAAUGGAGUGGCUUAACUUUUAAGCCGAUUUUCGGAAACGCAAAAUUCCUCCCAAGAAUCUCCUAUGAAAAUUCCCAAAUUACCAUGGAAUUAGCAUUCAAUAAUUAUCAUGGAAUUAGGUAUUA